AUGGACACGCUGCGAAGGAGCCUUUCUCGCUGGAAGAGGUACCACAUUAAGGUGCACCUGGCUGAUGAGGACCUGAUGAUGCCCCUGACAGUCAAGCCCAGAGACACAGUGAUGGACCUACGGGCUCACUUAGUACGGGAGGGCGUCACUUCUUGGAAGAAGACAUUUUAUUACAACUCCAGGCAGCUUGAAGAGCACGAGACUCUCAAAGAAGCCAAUAUUCAAAAUGGCUCUGUCCUGCUUCUUGUCAGCAAUAAAAGAAAGCAGAUCAGGAAUUCAAACCCUGCAAUUUCCAGCAGGCGGAUUGAGAUUCAAGGCUCUUCAUAG